AUGAAUUGUUUUGCUUGCAAUAAUAAAAUUGCAUUAGGAGAUCUCCUGAGGUGUACUGCAUGUAAGACGGAUUACCAUUAUGCUUGUUUUAAUAUUAUAUCGGCUACAUUCAGUGAGCAAAAAACCCAGCUGAUUAGGUCGUACAUUUGCUAUUCCUGUUCGAAUGUUACUCGUCGUGUACGAGUAACAGAUGAUACACCGGUACGCGGCUCCCGCUCUGAAGCCGCUUUGAUGGAAGAGGAGGCAACUAAAAGUUGUGAAGAGAAUGAUUUCGUCGGAAAUACUACGUCGUCAGCAAUGAAUAUGAUGGAUAGUAUCCAGAGUGUUACGGAAUCAUUAAAAGGCGUAAUAUCUGCCAGACUAAAUACUAUUGAAACCAAACUUUUACAGGAAAUUAAGAAUUCAGUAGCAACUUUGGUUAUGGAAAAUAAAAAGUUGCGGGAAGAUCUAAGUGCAGCUAAUAAAAAGUGUAGUUGUCUGGAAGAAGAAAUUAGAUAUAUGAAGAAAGAAAGGAUUGUCACUACGGCGGCGCAGCCGAACGAUACGUUGCCGCGGGAUUCCGAGAAUCGCCCCGUGCGCACUCCCGCGAACGCGCAGUCCACCGCCGCGUCGACCGUUCGGGCGGCCGCGGGCGCGCCUUCGCUGCCGGCCGUGUGCGCGCCUGCGCCUGCCGCGCCUACCUACGCGGCGGUGGCCAGUAAAACAGCGGUUACGGGAAACAUCAAUGAUAAAUGGACUGUAGUAGAAAACAAUAAACGGGAUAAUAACCCGGUAAAGAAAGGUGGUAACACUUCCAUCACAUCGUUGAAGGCAGCCGAACGGAAAAGAUAUCUACAUGUAUGGAGGUUGGACAAAAGUACUACGGAAGAUAAUAUUAAGGAAUAUAUUAAAGAAAUAUUAGGAAGACUCUGUGUCCUUGCUUCGCACCAACCGCAAGAAUUCUCUGCACUGCCCUAUGGUUGA